CAUACAGGAGACGGUGCAAUGCGUUACGUAGUGGUAUUGCUGCUUUUAGCGGCUGGAGUGUUCAGCAAGAAGAAAGAUUUUACCGGACAUCGGUUGGUGUCCGUGACGGCCAGGAACAAGGCAGAGUUGGAGUUGCUACACGGUCUCGAGACAGACGCCAGCUAUGAGGAGAUUGAUUUUUGGAGCGAACCUUCUCUUGUCCGACCCACAUCUAUUCGGGUAUCUCCGACAGAUUACGGAAGUAUACGGACAUUCUUGGUGAAAAAUCACAUGCAGUUUGAAGUGAAAAACGAAAACAUCCAAAGAUCAAUUGAUGUUGAAGAUGAACAGUUGACCAGAAGCAGUAAAGCAACUUCCUGUGACAUUUCGAGUGCUUAUUGCACGUACGACCAGAUAAGGACAUACCUUCUUGGUCUACCAGCAAAAUACCCAGGACAAGUGACAGUAACAUCUAUUGGCGUCACAUAUGAAUAUCGGGAGAUUUUGGCUGUUACAGUGUCUGCAAACUUGGCUGUUCCAAAAGAGAAGUCCGUGUGGGUCGAAGCCGGAUCUCAUUCGCGUGAAUGGAUAGCGAUAGCUUCCGGCUUGAAUCUCAUUGAGAAGCUGCUGACCACGACACCUGGUACUGAGAUGUUGUCUGAGUAUGACUGGAACAUUGUACCCCUACACAACCCUGAUGGAUAUGUGCAGACACAUGUCGCUGACCGUUUCCACAGAAAGAAUAGGCAGCCCCGAAACGGCAGAUGCACUAUAAAGCCCGGAGGAAGCAUGGGCAUAGAUUUAAACAGGAAUUGGGAUAUCGACUGGGGAAGGACGGGCACCGACCCCUCUUGUUCCGGUACAACAUAUGGAGGUGACGGACCUUUUGAAGCUUUUGAAACACAAGCGCUCAGAAACGCUGUUUUACAUGAUAAAGCGACCCGUACGGUUGAAGCUUUUUUCUCUGUGCACGCCUUCAGUGAGCUCCUGUUGUUACCCUACGCUUACACUUCCACUAAGCCCGCUGAUUAUGCACGACUGAAAGAGACUGGAGAGGUGAUGAUGAAAUAUCUGGAGACAACCCGCGGCACCUACUACGUUAUCGGCACACCGCCAGAUAUUCUCUACGCGGCAUCAGGGGGUUCAUACGACUACUUCUACGUCCAAGGGAUCCCGUACUCCUAUUGUUACGAGCUCAGCCCGAAAACAGGCGGAGUAGAGAGUUUUAUCGUGAACCCCGCUUACAUCCCGGAUGUCAGCGACGAGCUAUUUAGGUCAUUAUGGGCAUUUGCGAUGUAUGUCAAUAAUAAGCUGUCUGCGUAAAUUGUAUUUUGGAAUGGGGUUGAGUAAAUAUUGCAAUAGAAGAA